UACGAUGAACGCGUGGAAUGAAACGUCAGCCACGUAUGAAGGAUUGUCAAAAUCGUAACAAUCACUUUUAACUUACUGCAAAGCUUUGCGGUGUUGUUCUGUCGAGCUUAUUUAUUUCGUAAGAUUUUGGAUAAUAGUUUUGAUAAAAUGGCCCUCAAAAUAUUUUCGUUUCUCGUAUUAAUCGUUGCUGCAGUGGCAGCAGAUGAAGAAGCAGCUUCCGCAAAAUUAUUAGUAUCAAAACAAGUACUAAACAAAUAUUUAGUCGAAAAUAUGGACAUACUUAUCAAAUAUACUUUAUAUAAUGUUGGAACAGCACCAGCUGUAGACGUUAAACUUAUUGACAAUGGCUUUCAUCCCGAAGUGUUCUCAGUUGUUGGUGGUCAACUGUCUGCUGAAAUUGAUAGAAUACCACCACAAACAAAUGUAUCACAUGUAGUUACCGUUCGGUCAAACCGAUUUGGUUACUUCAACUUUACUGCAGCAGAAGUAUCAUACAGGCCAAAUGAGGAAUCUACCGAGGUACAAUUGUCAAUCAGCAGUGCUCCUGGUGAAGGAGCUAUUGUUGCCUUCAAAGAUUAUGACCGUAAAUUCUCGUCACAUAUUCUUGAUUGGGCAGCUUUUGCAGUUAUGACACUGCCUUCACUAGCAAUUCCAUUUGGUCUAUGGUAUUCAUCAAAGAGCAAAUAUGAAAAACUUACAAAGCCAAAAAAGACUCAUUAGAAUGGAUACAUUAAUUAAGUUAGGUUCAUACAUGGCUAAUGUUGCUAAGCUUGAUUUUAAUCUGUUACAUAUAAAGCAAAUUUUUUUUUUGUUAGGAAAGUUAACAUUCACUCUGAUUCUUGAAUUAAACAGCACAAAACACUUUAUUUCUGUAGCAUCCUCAGGCAGCAUUAGUCUCAUUUUUAUCCAUCUUAGUCAUCCUCAUUGUUAUAAUUUAAAGAAUAAAUUAAUUUUUACAAUUUA